CGACAAGCAAAGGUCACGACAUAUCCUACCUAGCUAUGUUGAUCCAUGCCCCUUGUGACGCAAGAGCUUCGGCAUAUCAUGAUUGUGUUAUAAAAAGGAGCUCAUGGCUUCCAUGCGUACUCACACUUAUCCUGUUUCUCACCUACUCGCUGCUUGAUAGUCAUGUCCCCCAAUUCUCGAAUAUGGUUCGUCACGGGUGCUUCGUCUGGGUUUGGAAGGUCGAUAACUGAGCUAUUACUGAAGCGGGGAGAUAACGUCGUUGCCACUCUACGAAAACCUGAAGCUCUAUCGGAUCUCUCAGCACAAUACUCAGCUGAUAGGCUUGUGCUCGCAAAGCUUGACGUUACAAAACGUGAUGAGGUGGUGGCAGCAUUUGCUAAGGCAAAAGAGGCGUUUGGAAGGAUUGAUGUCGUAUUCAACAAUGCCGGGCAGAAUGUUUUAGGAGAGAUAGAAGGUCUAAGUGAAGAGUCUGCUCGCCAUUUGUUUGAUGUAAAUUUCUGGGGCGCGGUCAAUGUCACAAAGGAGGCUGUCCGGUUCUUCCGAGAAGAGAACAAACCUAUCGGGGGUAGGCUCCUGCAGGUAUCUUCAAGGCUGGGUGUUGUUGGUGGUCCUUCUUCAGGCUAUUAUGUCGCUUCGAAGUUUGCCUUGGAGGGCCUUAGUGAAUCGCUGAUAAAAGAGCUGGAACCCCAGUGGAACAUCAAAGUCACGAUCGUCGAGCCAGGUCCCUUCCGUACGAAAAUUGUGCAGGAGAACUUGCGUGAAGAACCUCAGCAUCCCGCAUACUCCAGACCCGAAUCAGCUAGCUCACAGUUCCGAACCUACAUCAACUCAAGCGACUUCGGUGGAGAUGCUGAUAAGUUCGUGGCGGCUGUAGUGAGGCUGGUAGACGUUGAUGAAGCUCCUGUGAGGCUCCCAUUGCACAAGAGAACUAUCAUAUCUGUAAGGGAGAAGGCACAGAGUCUCAAUGAUGAUGCAGACAGAUAUGCUUCCUGGUCGGAUGACCUGUAUUUUGACUGAAUGUUUGGCCCGCUGGCUUGCAAUGAAAUUGUUAUCAUGUUCUCGCU